AUGCUGGAAGAAGACGGCUUCGGAGAAUACCUGGACCUUGUCGACGCGUACAAGGCGCUUGGUGGUCCCAUGACCUUCGCGGAGUUCGCUCUCUCUCGUCCCGAUGAAUUUGCACAGGCCAUUGGCGCCGCAAACGAUGGUCGCUGUGCUUUCCACGCCCUGUCGCGUGCCACGGAUGCCGUUGGUCUGCCCAUUCCAGGCGCGGGUGUAGUGUGGUCCACAUUGUGGACGUUCGUUCGUCAACAGAAUCGCUCUGCGCGUGCUGCUGAAAAGCCGGAAAUCUGCGAGGACACACUGCGAGUUAACCAAGUGCAGGAGCGGCUUACUGGUGUCUCGUCGUGCCUUGGUUUGGACAACCUUCUUCUUGCCCCGGGUGUGUACCUCUGCGCGGGCUCUUCGCCAGGCCCGCAGCGCACGUCUUAUGCAUUUACGAUGAUCGUGACGACCGACGGGCGCUUCGCGUCGGAUGAUGAGAUUGUCCAAGUCCCGUUGCUUGAGUAUGCUGCGCCCAGGUUGGCGGAGGCUCGCUUCGUGCGCGCGAGUGCUGAUUCGCUAGAUUUGGGUUCUUGA